AUGUCAGGACCUAACAUCCCACUCAAACAGUCUCAUGUUGUCACAAUCUCCGGCGUCGUCGAAAACAGUGCUGUGGUUAGUGAUAUUACCGCCUGCUUGAUUCUUGCACUCCGUCGAACCAUGCCAGACGAAGACGAUACUAAAUCGACCCUGUGCUUUGUCAUGAAGCAUAUCGACUAUCAGCCACAAUCCCGUAAGAACCAGUACUUUGAAAUUGAGUACCGCAUUCGACCAACACGAAACAUGGAAAAAAGUCAGAACUUAGUACACGUUGGUCGAGAGACUCUCAUUUCCGGCUACAUCGUCGAUUGGGACAGCGAAAACAAUCGCUGGAUCGUUGAGGUUACAGCAGUUAGCCCGUGUACCGGUAAUGAAGGUAGCACUGGCAAAACCACCAAUCCAGCUGGACACGUCACUCCAGCUGGCAGAGUUCGACCAGCAAAACAUGUUCCUGGCCCUGCUACUCCGGUCAAUGCGGCUGCUGGACCUUCGUCGACACCAGCCUCAGUCACAACCAACGGUAGCAAGCGUAAGGCAUCUGCCUUAGAAGAACCGUUACAUUCACCGCCAGUCACUGGACGACGGACUCGGCCAGCCAAACACGUAGCAAAACCUACUACGCCCGCGCCCACCAAACCCAACCUUCCCAAGACCAAAGGGAAAGGCAAGGCCGUCGCACCAGCCGAGCUACCUCAAGACGCUGAGCCUGACGAAGAAUUGCUUUCCGAAACGGAAUGGCCUACUACGCCAGUGACUAAAGUAGUCAAGAAGGCCCCAGCAAAGAAAGCGGUGGUCAGCAAAGCCAAGAAGGCGAAGGCUGUCUCCAAAGAGGCCCCAAUUGCAGAAGAAACCCAUGACGACGACGAGGUUGAAGCCGAAGAGGACAGCGAGGAGGAUUUGGAGGAAUAG